CUGACUAUAUCCCUGUUUCCCCCCUUAGCCUGAACCUGAGCCAUCUGUCCAUGGGACUGAGGUCCGCAAGUGCAGGGAUCCCUGGAUAGGUGUGAGGAGGAAGUGGAGAAAGCGAAAGGCACGAGUGGAACCAGCUCCAAACACCAGCCGGAGCGCUCCCGAGGCCACACUCCCACCCGAUGAUGCUGACCAGCUGACCACGGGCCAGCGGCUCCCCCGACCCACGGCAGACGCAGCUGGCUCCAGAGACAAAGGGAAGGCUGGCUUCGUGGCUACAGCGAGUCCAGGCGCUCUUUCAGACCCCUGUGCGGGAGCUACGGCCAUUGUCAUCUGCCUCAGCCCCUGCAGAGCCGGAGGACAUCCCAGCAGAGGCCUCAGCUCUGAGGCAAGGACCCAAGCUGGAGCCCCAGGAGCCCUCAGGCCUGGUGCGCAGAGCAACUGCCGUGAUGGUACCAGGCCUUACAGAGCCAGAGCCAUGUCCAGACCCCAUGAGCCCCUGGGACAUCCCAGGAGUGGUUUCAGCCCCGGUGCCAGGCCCCGAGCUGGAGCCCCAUGAGCCCUUGGUCCCGGGUCCCGUGGCACCUGCAGGAAUGGCACCGGGACUGGCAGAGCCAGAGGCGGACCCGGAGCCCACCCGCGCCUGUGUCGCCAUCACCCGGCACGUGUGGAGGAAGGAGGAGUGGACCAUUCUGGCAUUUCCCCAUGGCCUGGUGGCCGAGCAGCUGACCCUGAUCUGUGCGUUCCCUGUCAUCCAAAGUGAGAUCACCAUGCAGAGGAAGCUGGCCAAGGUGUAUGACCUGGAGCCUGAUGAGCGCUUCCGGUGCUUUGCCCAGGCCGUGGAGCCCCUGGAUGAGGAGGAGAGCUACAGCCUGUCCUGCCAGCUGGAGCCCCCAGGCCAGGGGGCCGGCAGAAAGUGACUAUUCUUCAGGCCCCACAAGAUGUAAAUUUACCAGCCGGCCAGGGCCAGCUGCUGUCAUCGGGCCCGCGGCCCUGCUGGUGUCCUGGCUGCAUGUGGAGGAGAGCUGCUUCCCCUUCGGGCAGGCGGCCCCUGGCGCCCCAGGACCCCAGUCUGCUUGCUGCUCCUCCUCCUCCCGCUGCUCAUCCUGAGCCUCUGCUGGGGCAGCUGCUCUGGCACCUCCUCCGUCGGCCGACUUCGGCAUCUCCCCACGCUGCCGCUGCCUCCUCAAGGGCCUGUACGUAGCCCCUGCCAACCUGGCCGCCUUCGUGCUGUGUCCUACCCUCUGCUCGUGGCCCGCUGGACAAAGGCGAGCCACCCCACCGUGUGGAGGGUUUUCCCCUUAGAGUAGGUGGUCUCCCGCCGUGACGCCAAACAGCUGCCUGGGUGCCAUCAGCCACCGAGUCAUAGCCACAAUGGUCCAGAAAGAGCUGGGGCCCGUCCUCACCAUGGCCAGCCUUUCCCAGGAUGGACACAGAGACGGCGCAGUGCUGCAUGGGACCACCGCCCCCUGGGUGCCCAGCGGAGGCAUCCGAGGCUGCAAGGGUGGCCGGCUGACGCAGGGUCCUGGGACAUGCUCCCAGCGGAGCCCCUGUGCAACUCCCUCCCCUCAUCCCUGAGAAAUAGCCUCCCCAGGCACAGUGUGGUCUGGGUGUUGUGUCUGAGGUUAAUGGUUCCUGGGGGUUGGGGUCAUCCCUGUGCAGAAUGUAAUAAAUGAUGAACGGAUCGCCACCACACUGCUCUUUCUUCUCAAAGCUCUGCCCCUCCUGCAGACAUCGUGUGCCCCAGCCCACCGCACCCCCAGCCCUCAAACUCUAUGACGCAGGGGGGCCCUGACCUCCACCAGGUUUCCCUCUAUCCUCUGUUCUCCCCCCAUAAGGUGCUCAGGAAGAACGGGGCGCAC